AAUUGUUUGAUAACCGUUGCCAAGGACACAGAAAAAUGUAAAAACUUUUUCACAACAACAUUUAACCCACAUUCACCUUAAAAAUGCAAAACGAGAAGAAAGAUAAGAACAAACGCACCAUUGCCUAUGUCGAAGAGGUGUUCAGACAAAUCCAAGAGAAACCCGAUGUUACCGAUAUAAUGAUCCUAAAUUCUAAGGGAAAUCCCAUUAAGACCACCAUGGAAAUGUCAGCUGCUAUACAAUAUGCCGGUCUAUAUGAAAUAUUGCGUGACAAGGUUACCAUGGGCUUGCAGAAAAUUGAUCCAAAAGAUGAUAUAACCAUGCUAAGAGUGCGUACUACAACCAAUGAAACUCUCAUUGUGCCAGAUGGUAAAAUAACGGUAGUGGCCAUACAAAAGGCCCGUGAUCGUUAUCACAAUGAAUGAUGGUAGAGUUGUAAAACAAUAGCGAAAAGUUUUUAAUAAAAGUUCUAUAAAAAAUA